AUGGCUAACGGAGGCAUGUUGUGGCAACCUGCUGAGCAGGGACUGCAACAGAUCUUGCAGCUGCUCAAAGAGUCGCAAAGCCCAGACACCACAGUCCAACAAACGGUUCAGCAGAAACUCGAAGACUUGAAUAAGUACCCUGACUUCAACAACUACCUGAUAUUUGUUCUCACGAAACUCAAAUCUGAAGAAGAUCCGACGCGGUCUUUAUCAGGGCUGAUUCUCAAGAACAAUGUCCGCGCCCAUUUCCUUAAUUUUCCUCCCGAGGUUUCCGAGUUCAUCAAGAGUGAACUGCUCGGAUGUCUGGGCGAUCCUUCGCCGCUCAUCCGGGCAACCGUCGGAAUUCUCAUCACGACGAUCGCUUCGAGGGGUGACCUGACUCGGUGGCCUGAGCUACUACCCACGCUCUGUACAUUGCUCGACAGUGGGGAUUAUAACAUCUGCGAGGGAGCGUUCGGCGCUCUGAAAAACAUCUGCGAGGACAGCUCAGAACAGCUAGACUCCGAUGCCCUGCAGCGACCUCUCAAUCAUUUGAUUCCGAAGUUCCUGCGAUUUUUCCAGCAUUCAUCCCCUCGCAUCCGGGCUCACGCGGUGGCGUGCGUCAAUCAAUUCAUCCUUAGCAGGGCGCAGGCACUAAUGAUGCACAUCGACACAUUUAUCGAGGGCCUGUUUCGGCUUGCUAGGGAUGAUGAUAAAGACGUACGGAAGAACGUCUGCCAUGCGCUCGUGAUGCUCCUGGAAGUUCGUGUGGACCGAUUACUCCCGCAUAUGAAUAACAUCAUAGAGUACAUGCUACAACGAACUCAAGACACCGAUGAGACGGUGGCUCUCGAAGCCUGCGAGUUCUGGCUCACACUUGCGGAACUUCCGAUUUGCCGUGAGGCUCUCACACCUCAUCUGAACCAAUUGAUCCCGGUGCUGGUGAAGAGCAUGCGCUACUCAAACCUCGACAUUAUCCUCCUCAAGGGCGACGUGGACGACGAUUCGACCGUCCCCGACCGUGAGGAGGAUAUCAAACCCCGCUUCUAUCGAUCGAAGACUCACGGCGGUACCAUGCUGCACGGCCAACAAGCCCACGAGCAGAACGCCAACCAGGAAGUGCACGACGACGAUGACGACGAUCUCGACGCCGACGACGAAGACAUCUACCAGGAUUGGAACUUGCGCAAGUGCUCGGCUGCGGCUCUCGACAUCCUGGCCAACGUGUUCCAGAACGAUCUUCUGAGUAUUUUGUCGCCGAUCCUCAAGGAAACGCUCUUCCACCAAGAGUGGGUGAUCAAGGAGAGUGGAAUUCUAGCUUUAGGCGCGAUCGCAGAUGGCUGCUCGAGCGGCAUGACACCUCAUCUGCCUGAGCUCGUUCCAUUCCUCAUUAAUCAUUGCCUCAACGAUAAGAAAGCCCUGGUGCGUUCGAUCACCUGCUGGACGUUGUCCCGCUACUCGAACUGGGUUGUCAGCCAGGAACAUGCGCAGUUCCUGCAGCCGCUGAUGACCGAGCUACUGAAGCGAAUUCUCGACCCGAACAAAAAAGUCCAAGAGGCCGCGUGCUCGGCGUUUGCCACCCUCGAAGAAGAAGCCUGCACGGAGCUCGUUCCAUACUUGCAAUACAUUCUCGAGACGCUGGUCUUCGCAUUUAACAUGUACCAACACAAGAACCUUCUCAUUCUGUACGAUGCCAUCGGGACGUUGGCUGUUUCGGUCGGGCACCAUCUGAACCGACAGGAUUACAUCCAGAUGCUGAUGCCCCCCCUGAUUCAGAAAUGGAACAUGCUCAAAGACGAUGACAAAGAUCUCUUCCCUCUGCUCGAAUGCUUGUCGUCGGUCGCCACGGCCCUGCAGGUUGGAUUCCUUCCUUACAGCGAGCCCGUCUACCGUCGCUGCGUUUCGCUCGUCGAACAGACUCUGCAACAGAGCCUGGCUCACCAGGCUCACCGAGACCAGUUCGAAGCUCCGGACAAAGAUUUCAUGAUAGUGGCCUUGGAUCUGUUGAGCGGUCUGGCUGAAGGAUUGGGUGAACACAUGGGGACGCUGGUGGGAUCUUCGAACUUGAUGGCCCUAUUGUACCAGUGCAUGCAGGACGCCUCGAGCGAGGUUCGACAGAGCUCGUUCGCCUUGCUCGGUGACCUCACGAAGGCAUGCUUCCAACACGUGAGACCCUGUGUUGCCGAGUUCAUGCCGAUACUUGGCGCGAAUCUCAACCCGGAUUCGCUGUCGGUUUGUAACAACGCCACUUGGGCCAUCGGAGAGAUCUCGGUGAAACUCGGCGCAGAGACUCGCCCUUACAUCCCCAUGUUCCUUAAUCAAUUGGUGGUGAUCAUCAACAUUGCGACCACACCCAAAACACUUCUCGAGAACACAGCAAUCACCAUCGGUCGUCUAGGCUACGUGUGUCCACAGGACGUGGCGCCAAGCCUGGAUCAGUUUAUCAAGCCGUGGUGCAUCUCUCUAAGGAACAUCCGGGACAAUGACGAAAAAGACUCGGCCUUCAGGGGGGUGUGCUCCAUGAUCGGUGUGAAUCCGGGAGGUGUUGUCAACGACUUCAUUUACUUUUGUGAUGCCGUUGCUUCUUGGGUUAAUCCGAGAGACGACCUGAAAAACACAUUUUUCGAGAUUCUGCACGGUUUCAAGAACCAGGUUGGUGAAGAGUCGUGGAUUAGAUUCACAAUGCAGUUCCCCCAGCCUCUGAGAGAACGUCUUCGUCAGACGUACAACAUCUGAGCAAGGGACACAAGGGUAAAAACAAAAAGGAAAAGUUCGCGAAUCAAGCGGGAUAUUGGGAAGGACAUUCACCACCUAGAGCUUCUUUGUUCAUCCUCCUACUGACUUUAU